AUCGCUGUUUCCUCGCCUCUGAUUGGCCACUGCAUCUGCUGCUCCCCAAACCAAGAUGGCGCCGACCCUGGUGGAGCAUGUUGUCGCGGACGCUGGAGCGUUUUUAAAGCAAGCCCAGCUGCAGGAGUUUGGCCAGAACAUCUACACCCUGCGGGAGGUUCUGGACGAGAUCCGGGAUAGAACCACCCGGAGGAGUCUGGCCGUCCUGCCGUACCAGCUGACCUUCAGAGAGCCGAACCCGGAGCACAUCAGAACCGUGACAGAGUUCUCCAAGAAGACUGGCGACUACCCCAGCCUGUCCGCCACUGACAUCAAGGUUCUGGCUCUGACCUACCAGCUGCAGCUGGAGCACGUCGGGUCACAGAACCUCAAGGCGGAACCGGACCUGAAGGUGACCAUCCAGAGCACACAGCACCACCCAGAGGCUCCGGUCCACGUUGCGGGCUUCCAUCUUCCCUCAAGGAGGACCGUGGACACUACGAAUACCGGACACACUCGGUCGGAACCAUCCACUCAGACAGACCUGGACCAGUUCAACAGCUUCCAGUUCUGGAGGCAGCCAUUGCCGAGCCUCCAGGGAGACCUGCUGGACCUGCUGGAUCCGACCGACCCGGAUCAGCAGCCAGACAUCCCGGCAUCCUCAGAGACAGACGAAGACUUCAGCAGCUUCCGGUUCUGGAGAGACCCAGUUCCCAGCGUGGACCAGGACCUGCUGGCCCUCGUGGAUGUGGGCGGAGCCUCAACCCAGGUGGAGGAGAGGAGGGCGGAGCCAGGGCUGGGAGAGGACCAAUCAGACAACGAUGAUGAUGAUGAUGAUGGCUGGAUCACUCCCAGCAACAUCAGGCAGGUGAAGAUGGAGUCGUCUGAUUGGACGGAGGCAGCUGAUGUCAGAGUGGGGUGCCUGACCACCGACUUCGCCAUGCAGAACGUUCUGAUCCAGAUGGGCCUCCAUGUUCUGUCCGUCGGCGGCCUGGUGAUUCGCCGCGCCCGCAGCUACAUCCUGCGGUGCCACGCCUGCUUCAGGACGACCAGCAACAUGAGCAAAGCGUUCUGCCCUCACUGCGGCAACCAGACCCUGAAGAAGUUGGCGGUUACCGUUGGCAAUGACGGCAGCAUCCAGAUGCACUUCUCCAAGAACCCCAAGGUCAUGAACCCCCGAGGAACCAGGUACUCGCUGCCGCUGCCUCGCGGCGGGAAGCACGCCGCCGACCCCCACCUGGUGGAGGACCAGCGCUUCCCGCAGCAGCGGCUCUCCAGGAAGGCCCGGCAGAAGACGGACGUGUUCGACCCGGACUACUUGGCCGGAGCGUCGCCGUUCUGCCAGAACGACGUCUACAGCCGCGCCGCCAACCUGCAGAUCCGUGACGGGGAGAGCGGCGCUGGCCGCAGGCGGGCCAACCCCAACGCCGCCCGCAGGAAGUUCCUCAAGAAGAAGUGAUGGAACCAGGUCCAGCUCGGUUCUGGACUUUGGUUUCAGAUCAUGAAAAUGAAUUUCUCUCUUUGCGUUCUGCUCAUAUUUUCAAAACUCUGAACUAAACUUGAACAUCUGGGUUCACUUGUAGGACUUUUCUAGAACCCGUUUCAGUUCUUGGAUCAGAACCUCCUGGCUAAAUAAAUGCUUCGUUAUUUUUAUUAUUACUAUUAAAUUUAGUUUGAAUG